AUGUAAGAAGAACAAGUAUAAGAAGGACUUGAGCAAAAGGGACCUAAAUUGACAAGAGAUGAAAAGAAGGUGUUGAAAUAUUAAAGAGCCAAACUGAGAGCCAAAGUUAUAAGAAAGAAGAUUGCAAAAAAAGUCAAAUAAAAAGUUCAUAUUAUGAAUCAAGAAGCUAAAGAAAAAUAUUCAGAGAUAAAAAAUCUAGCCAAAAAUAAUCUGCAACUUGGUUAUGAAUCAGGUAUCCCAAUCUAUAUAGAUUUGGAAUAUGAUAUCUUAAUGACAGACAGAGAAAUUAGAUCCUUAGCAUUAUAGAUUGCACACAUAUAAGGAAUAAAUAAAGAAUUAAAAUUCCCAAUUCAAUUACAUCUCACUAACGUCAGAGGAAUACAGAAAAAUGAAUUAGAAAAACAAGGACUUUAAAAAUGGCCUGUUCAUCACUAUGAAUUAGGAUUAUAGGAUUUGAUUUAAGAAAAUCUGGAAAAAGGAAUUUAGAAAGAGUUCAUCUAUCUUUCUCCAGAUGCUGAUUCAUAUUUAGAAUCAGUUGAUCCAGAAUAGUGCAUAUACAUAGUUGGUGGAUUUGUUGAUAGACAGGUCCAAAAAUUCAUGAGUUUGAAUAAAGCAAACACCUUGUAGAUUUGUAGCAAGAAACUGCCAAUCGAAUCAUUUAUAAAAGGAGCUAAAAGACCAUUAAAUAUAGAUAGAGUUGUUGCCAUAUUAAGCUUGUUUUAUCAACAUAAGGAUUGGAAGGUUGCUUAUGAGCAAAGCGAUAACUUUAAUAUCAGUUUGGCAGAGAGAAUCACAAGAGAACAUCAAAAGCAGGAAUGA